UUUCCCGGUAAAUAUUAAAAUGAAAGUACACUAAGCAUGAAUCCUGUAAGAAUAUCCUUAAAUUGUCUACGAAAUACAGCUAUUAAGGAGGCAACAAGGAAAAUUUAUAUGUGUUACAUCAAUUGCAACAGAAGUUUAAAAACUUUUCACAGCUUUAGUUCGAAAAUAAGUAUUCAAACAAGUUUGCAAGGUAGCAGCACCUUCAAAAGACAAUUUAUUGAUGGCAGAUAUAUUGGCAACUAUUUUCCCCUUAGAACACUGUGCUCAUCGAGACAUUAUGGUAGUAAACAAGAGGAUGAAGGACAAAUACAAUCAAAUCAGACAUUAGGAAAAAUUGAAGGAAGCCUGCUCAUGGCUUACAAGUGUAAAGUUUGUGGAACCCAAAACCAAGAAACAUUUUCUAAACAAGCUUAUGAAAAGGGGGUUGUUAUUGUUACAUGUAAAGAAUGUAAAAGUAAUCACUUGAUUGCUGAUCAUCUUGACUGGUUUCAAGACGUCAAAGGAAGGACGAUUGAAGAAAUUUUAGCUGACAAAGGAGAAACUGUGAAGAAAGUGGUACUUGAUGGUGGAAUGGAACUGAUUCCAAAAUCAGAUAAAAAUAACAAUUCUUAAAUGUGUAUUAUUGGAAAUAAAUAAAAAUAUUUUUUUAACAAAU